AUGAGCCAGGACGUUGAAACGUACGUGAGGAGAUGCCCAACCUGCACAAAGCACCGUCCUGUGGCAAAUGAAGAGUUGCUUCAGACACCGCUCCCAGAACGCCCGUGGCAAGUGGUCGGCACAGACUUGUUCCACCACGAAGGGAGGAACUACAUAGUAGCUGUUGACUACUACUCGAGGUUUUUUGAACUGGAAGAGCUUUGUGGAACACAAACCAAACUUGUGCAGUUCCUUAGUAAUUUGUUCGCUCGCUAUGGCAUUCCGGACAUUUUGAGGUCCGACAAUGGCCCGCAGUACAGCUCACUCGAGUUCCUGCAAUUUAUGAGCAGUUGGGGUGUAAGACAUGUGACCUCCAGCCCACAUUACGCGCAAAGCAAUGGCGAAGCUGAGAGAGCUGUCCAGACUGCCAAGAACAUCAUCCGUAAAUCUGCGAAUGUUGCGGAAGGCCUUCUUGCCCACAGCGCUACACCUGGACCAGAGGGUUACUCGUCAGCUGAGGUUCUCAUGGGCCGCAAGCUCAAAACAAACGUCCCUACUCUGCCUGAAACACUUGAGCCCAAGUGGGAAUACCAGCAUCAGUUCCGGCGAAACAAUGCGGUCAUUCGUGAGCGAGAAGCCAAACACUACAACAGGAGGCAUAAAACAAGAGACAGGCCACCGCUAAAGCCAGGUACAGUUGUCCAGAUCAGAGAAGGGAGCCAACAACAAGGAACCAUCGUUGGAGAGUCAAAUGCACCGAGAUCUUAUGUUGUGUAA